UUUCAGGGAGACCAGCCCAAGUUUUUAGGGUGGGGAUCUAGACAGGUUAUACGUACCUUCAGUCCUGCUCCCAGAGAAGGCAGAAACACCUCAAAGCCUGCAUGUAAGAACAUCUACUGAGAAAUUAUUUUUAAGCAGACAUCAGCUGAGUGGGGGGAAGAGAAAGAACAGAGAAGAAAAAACAAAACUCCCUCGAUCUUGGAUGUAAGAGAACCCAGCAGCGAUGAACUGGCCCUUCUUCAGAGCAGCCGUGGUGCUGUUCAUUUUCCUGGUGGUGCUGGAAGUUAACAGUGACUUUAGAAUCCAGGUCAGGGAUUAUAACACUAAAAAUGGCACCAUCAAGUGGCACUCCAUCAGGAGGCAAAAGCGCGAGUGGAUCAAGUUUGCUGCAGCCUGCCGUGAAGGUGAGGACAACUCAAAGAGGAACCCGAUCGCCAAAAUUCACUCAGAUUGCGCUGCAAACCAGCAAGUUACAUACCGCAUCUCUGGAGUAGGAAUUGAUCAACCACCUUAUGGAAUCUUUGUUAUUAAUCAAAAAACUGGUGAAAUUAAUAUAACAUCCAUAGUUGAUCGAGAGGUCACCCCUUUUUUCAUUAUCUAUUGCCGGGCUCUGAAUUCACUGGGCCAAGAUUUAGAGAAACCUCUUGAGCUUAGAGUCAGGGUUUUGGAUAUAAAUGACAACCCUCCAGUAUUUUCUAUGUCUACUUUUGUAGGACAAAUAGAAGAAAAUUCUAACGCAAAUACACUGGUGAUGGUACUCAAUGCUACUGAUGCAGAUGAACCAAAUAAUUUGAAUUCAAAAAUAGCCUUCAAGAUCAUAAGACAAGAACCUUCAGAUUCACCGAUGUUUAUUAUCAACAGAUACACUGGAGAAAUUCGAACAAUGAAUAAUUUUCUAGACAGAGAGCAAUAUGGCCAGUACUCUCUAGCUGUAAGAGGCUCAGACCGAGAUGGUGGGGCAGAUGGUAUGUCAGCAGAGUGUGAAUGCAACAUUAAAAUCCUUGAUGUCAAUGAUAACAUUCCAUACAUGGAACUGCCAACACAAUCCAUAAGCAUUGAAGAAAAUUCUCUGAAUUCAAAUUUGCUCCAGAUUACAGUAAUAGAUUUGGAUGAGGAGUUCUCAGCUAACUGGAUGGCAGUCAUUUUCUUCAUCUCUGGAAAUGAGGGGAAUUGGUUUGAAAUAGAAAUGAAUGAAAGAACAAAUGUGGGAACUUUAAAGGUUGUUAAGCCCCUAGAUUUUGAAGCUGUGAAUAAUCUGCAACUUAGUCUUGGUGUUAGAAAUAAAGCUGAAUUUCAUCAAUCAAUUAUGUCUCAAUAUAAACUCACAGCAACUGCAAUCUCUGUGACCGUGUUAAACGUAAUUGAAGGCUCAGUGUUCCGUCCAGGUUCAAAGACAUUUGUAGUAAAUAGUAACAUGGGACAAAACUAUAAAAUAGGAGAGUAUGUAGCUUGGGAUCUUGACACAAAUCGGCCUUCAACAACUGUUAGAUACGUAAUGGGAAGAAAUCCAACUGACCUGAUCGCUAUUGACUCAAAAACAGCUGUAAUUACUUUGAGAAAUAAAGUUACUAUGGAACAAUACAAAAUACUUGGGGGAAAAUACCAAGGAACAAUUCUAUCUAUAGAUGAUGCUCUUCAAAGAACUUGUACUGGUACAAUUGUUAUUAACCUUGAAAAUGGUGGCUGGGAAACCGAACGUCCAAAUGUAAAUGGAAGUACUACCCCUGCAUAUGGCCUUACUUCCAGAGAUGUUACCACUAAUGGCCACACAACUGGUGUUGGUACUGGCAAAAAUCCUUUUGCUGGUGGCACAAAUGGUGAUGGUGUACGUCAACCUGAUACUUAUCAGACAAUAGGAGAUAAUGUACAUUUUGGUCCUGCUGGCAUUGGACUACUCAUCAUGGGAUUCUUGGUCCUAGGAUUGGUCCCCUUCUUGCUGAUCUGCUGUGACUGUGGAGGCGCCCCUGGCGGCGGGGCUGCCUUUCAGCCUGUUCCUGAGUGUUCCGAUGGAGCAAUUCACUCGUGGGCAGUGGAAGGUGCACAGGCCGAUCCUGGGGCUCUGACCAAUAUUGGUGUACCAUGCAUACCAGCCACUAAUGCAAAUGUAAUUGAGUACGUUGACAACUCAGGAGUUUACACAAAUGAGUAUGGUGCCAGAGAAAUGCAAGAUCUGGGAGGAGGAGAAAGAACGGCAGGAUUUGAACUAACAGAUGGAGUUAAAAUGUCAGGAGGACCUGAGAUAUGUCAAGAAUAUCCUGGAACACUAAGAAGAAAUUCUAUGAGGGAAUGUAGAGAAGGAGGGCUGAAUAUGAACUUCAUGGAAAGUUACUUCUGCCAGAAAGCAUAUGCUUAUGCGGAUGAAGACGAAGGACGCCCAUCCAAUGACUGUCUGCUCAUCUACGAUAUUGAAGGCGCAGGCUCCCCUGCGGGCUCUGUGGGCUGUUGUAGCUUCAUUGGAGAAGACUUGGAUGACAGCUUCUUGGAUACACUGGGGCCGAAGUUUAAGAAGUUGGCAGACAUCAGCCUGGGAAAAGACGUUGAACCAUUUCCAGACUCUGAUCCCUCCUGGCCACCUGACGGCACUGAGCCGGUCUGCCCUCCGCAGGGAACAGAGCCCACUGGUGGUGGACACCCACCCAUCUCCCCACGUUUCGGCACCACCACCGUCAUCUCUGAGAACACCUACCCCUCGGGACCUGGGGUACAGCACCCUACACCGAUUCCUGAUCCUCUGGGCUAUGGUAAUGUCACCGUGACCGAGUCUUACACCUCCUCGGGCACUCUGAAGCCCUCUGUCCACAUUCACGAUAACCGACACGCAUCAAACGUGGUGGUGACAGAGCGGGUAGUCGGUCCAAUCUCCGGUGCCGACUUGCAGGGGAUGCUAGAGAUGCCUGACUUGAGAGACGGGUCAAACGUGAUAGUGACAGAAAGGGUAAUAGCACCAAGUUCAAGUCUGCCCACCACUCUGACCAUCCCUGAUCCUAGGCAGUCUUCGAAUGUAGUAGUGACGGAAAGAGUGAUCCAGCCAACUCCCGGCAUAGUGGGCAAUCUGAGCAUGCACCCUGAGUUAUCGAACACCCACAACGUGAUUGUGACGGAGAGGGUAGUUUCCGGCUCUGGCAUCACUGGCAGCAGCAGCCUGCUGGGCAGCGCAGGUGGAGGAAGUGGUGGUGGCAUCGGGCUGGGCAGCCUAGGAGGUGGCGGGGGCCUGAGUAGCAGCCUAGGGGGCACAGCCACCAUCGGCCACUUGAGGGGUUCCGCUGAGCAUCACUUUAGCAACACCCUCGGUUCUGCCUCCCCUACCACAACCCGGAGUCGAAUCACAAAGUACAGUACAGUUCAAUAUACCAAGUAGCCAGGGACCCCAGCAUGCUUUUUUCACCGUCAUUGUGAUUUAGGUUUAAUUCCCAUCACCACAAAACUAACAAUGUGAUUUAGGAUGCACAACCACAUGCUAAGAAAAUUGUGGCACAAGGUGAGACACCACAGUGAGAAAAAACGAUGGAAACAGUGCCGUUGGCCAAGAGCUCUCCUGAGCCUUUAUAACUUUUUUUUGUACAUUAAUACUAAGGCAAUCAUGACCAUGAACUAAAACUUGAGACAGGGGCUUCUUUGUGCCUGUAGGGUCUUCUGUGCUUUUGUGUGGCCUCUAGUGUUUCUCCAGCACGUGGAACAAAACACUGAUCUUAAGAUGGCAAUGGUCAUCAUUCUCCUUGCUUGGUUUUGAAAUUUCAUAUAGCUCAGGAAAUAUUUAAAAAAAACUAAACAUGCAAUAUACACUCAAGUAUGUGGGAAGAAUUUGAAAUGUGCCCCAAAUGCCUGGUCUGGUCAGUGUCACAGAUGAUAUAAAUAAAAACUCAACCACAUAUUUAGACCAGGGUUAACCAUUAAAGAGGGCUUCCCUCAUAGCUUAGUGGGUGAAGCAUCUGCCUGCAAUGCAGGAGACCCAGGUUCGAUCCUGGGUCAGGAAGAUCCUCAGAGAGGGAAUGGCAACCCACUCCAGUAUUCUUGCCUGGAAAAAUCCCAUGGACAGAGGAGACUGGUGAGCUAUAGCCCAGAGGUCGCAAAGACUCUGACACAACUGAGCUACUAACACUUUCACUUUAACCAUUAAAGAGUAAAAAUCUGGCUACACAUCCAAGUCCACAAGCGACCAACCACUCCCACCUUAAAAACGGCACUAGAUGAAACAAACCUCAAAUUAGGAAAUGUUUCCUGGGAGGGAGAUUCCCUAAGAGAGUGGCAACAGAGUGAGACUGAUGAGGGGUGAACUGGUGCUGUGUGAGCCUGGAUCCUCCGCUGGAGCUUCAGCUACAGUUCCUAUGGAGUCAAGGAAGUCUCUGAUUCUAGUUUGUGUUUAGUGGUAGAUGCAAUAGUGAUAAAUAUUGUAUACUGGUGAGGUUGCAGGGUAUCACACUCGUUUCUCCCUUUACCACUGUGGCUCUGACCUAAUAAAGGAGAACCUACCAGGUGUACUUCUCUGACUGAAGCAAGUAACACCUGACACGGUUGUCAUCACUAGUGGUAAAUUAUCUUCCAAAGAAGCAGAUGGGAACCGCAUUGCAUUUUCAGAUUGUGUUUUUAGUGUUAUUCCUUUAUAUUUGCAGCUCUUUAUUACACAUUUUCUAAGUUAAAAUAAAGGAUUUGGGAGGAGCUGUGAGAAAAAGCCUGCAGUAUACUUAUGCUUUGGGGAGAUUAUUUGAAAGGGAUCUAAAAAAAUUGUUUUUAGAAAAUGUAAAAUGUUUAAUGGGGGGAGCUAGAAUGUUUCAGUAAAUUAAUACCGUACUAUUGUUUUUAACUGAGUUUCGUACUUUUUAAAACAACCCUCUGCUGCUAUUUUGAAGAGGUCAACUAGGAACUUUUAACAGAGUUGAUGAUAUUGUGUUAACAUGAGUGAAGUUGUACUA